UUCAUAGUUAUAAAUAGACCGAGUAUAUUUAUAAAACACAGAAAUAAACGAAAUUCGUAUCAAAACAAAAUCAGGUGAUUUUUAUUUAACCACAGUAUCUGAUAUAGACUAAUUUUUGGAAGAAAUAGAAGAAUAUUAAAUAAAAAAUGGAAUUCCAUAAGAAUAAUACAUCCCAAUAACUUUCUAAUAUAAAAUAAAUAUGGAUUAGAGACAAAUAGAGCCUACAACUUAAAGUAUAUAAUUAUUUUUAACUUGCGGUCUUAUUGUUUUCCUUUUCCAUUUAAAAAAAAAUCUAACAAAAAUUCUUAAAUUCUAAGGAGGAGCAAUGCAAAAUAUAUUCGGAAUGACAAAAUCUAACGUAAAAGUAUACGGGACAGACACUAAAAUAAAUGUAUCUUUUAAAGAUGUAGCCGGCUAAGAUGAGGCCAAAUAAGAAAUAUAAGAAUUUGUCGAUUUUUUAAAAAAACCGAAGAAAUAUAAAGAUUUAGGGGCAAAAUUACCUAAAGGGGCUCUCUUAUAUGGACCUCCGGGGACUGGAAAGACUCUUUUAGCAAAAGCAUGUGCUGGGGAAGCUGGAGUGCCAUUUUUUUAUGUCUCAGGGUCUGAUUUUGUGGAAAUGUUUGUCGGUGUAGGUGCAGCUAGGGUAAGAGAUUUAUUCAAAUAGGCAAAGGCAAAGUAACCUGCGAUAAUUUUUAUUGAUGAAAUCGAUGCUAUAGGUAGAAAAAGGGAGAACAAAUAAGGAGGAAAUGAUGAAAGAGAUAAUACUUUGAAUUAACUUUUGGUAGAAAUGGAUGGAUUUGAUACUAGUUCUUCAGUAAUUAUAAUAGGAGCAACUAAUAGAAAGGAAUUAUUAGAUCCAGCGUUAUUAAGACCGGGUAGAUUUGACAGAAGUAUAGAAAUAACAAACCCUGAUAUAGACGGAAGAUAGUAAAUUUUCAUGGUACACUUGAAAGAUAUUAAAGUUUAGCCAAAUAAAAGUAGAGAAGAAUACGCUAAAAGACUAGCGACAUUAACUCCGGGUUUUAGUGGUGCUGAUAUAGCCAAUUUAUGUAAUGAAGCAGCUAUUUUGGCAGCUAGAUUGAAUAAAAAAUGGGUUGAAAGUAUUGAUUUUGAAAUGGCUUCGGAACGAGUUAUUGGUGGAUUGGAGAAAAAAAAAAAUAUGCCAGAAGAAGAUAGGAAUGUAGUGGCAGUACAUGAAUCAGGACAUGCAGUUGUGGCUUGGUUUUUAGAAGGGGGAACUCCUUUGAUUAAAUUAACAAUUAUUCCAAGGUCGAAGGGAAGUUUGGGCUUUGCGUAAUAUUUACCAAAUGAGAAUAAUUUAGAGAAUAAUUAAGAAUUAAUGGAUAGGUUAUGUACUAUACUUGGGGGAAGAAUAGCAGAGGAAGAGUUUUUUGGAGAAAUUACUACAGGAGCAUAUGAUGAUUUAAAAAAAGCUUACGAGCUUAGUUUUGCAUUAGUAACUAAAUAUGGAAUGAGUGAGACAAUUGGUAAUGUUGGGUUUGUAGAUAAGGAUUAUAGAAAAAUUUAUUCUGAUUAUACAAAUAAAAUUAUAGAUGAAGAAGUUAAAAAAUUAAUUGAUUUGGCAACAAUUGAAACUAGGAAACUUGUUAAAAAAUAUAAAGAAUUGAUAAAAUCUUUAUCUGAUAAUCUGUUGAAAAAAAAAACACUUGAUUUAAAAUAAAUAACAGAAAUAUUAGGAGAAAGACCAUUUAAAGCGAAAUCAAAUUAUAAAGCUUAUUUGGAUUAAUAAAAAUAAGACGACGUAGAUAAAAAAGAAGAAGAGCAAUAAAAAGA